CAAAUCACACAGACCUGCUGCGGACUUGCUGGGCCUUUAGUCCUGCCAGGAUGAAGGACCGCCCAGCAGGCAUCACGGGCUGGAAGGAUCUGGAAGGAUCGCGGUUCUAGGGUCCCCCGGGCCGCGGCAGAGGAGCCGGCACCAGAGCCUCUGCGGUCUCAGCGCUGCAGCAGCGACUCCAGCUCGGAGCACGCCUCCAGGUCUUUGUCUGAGCCGAGCCGAGGUAUCAAUAGCUGAUGUGCAAUUUGGCCCCAUGAGAUUUCAUCAAGAUCAACUUCAGGUACUUUUAGUGUUUACCAAAGAAGAUAACCAGUGUAGUGGAUUCUGGAGGGCAUGUGAAAAAGCAGGGUUUAAGUGUACAGUCACCAAGAAGGCUCAGGCUGUCCUUGCCUGUUUCCUGGACAAACACCAUGACAUCAUCAUCAUUGACCACAGAAAUCCCCGGCAGCUGGAUGCAGAAGCACUGUGCAGGUCUAUCAGAUCAUCAAAACUCUCAGAAAACACAGUUAUUGUUGGUGUAGUACGCAGGAUGGAUAAAGAGUUGUCUAUAAGGCCCUUCAUUGCUGCUGGCUUUACCAGGAGGUAUAUAGAAAACCCCAACAUCAUGGCCUGUUACAAUGAACUGCUCCAGCUGGAGUUUGGAGAGGUGCGAUCACAAUUGAAACUCAGGGCUUGUAACUCAAUAUUCACUGCAUUAGAGAAAAGCCAAGAAGCAAUAGAAAUCACAAGUGAAGACCACAUUAUUCAGUAUGCAAAUCCUGCCUUCGAAACAACAAUGGGCUAUCAGACGGGGGAGUUGAUAGGGAAGGAGUUAGCCGAAGUGCCCAUAAAUGAGAAGAAGGCUGACUUGCUUGACACCAUAAACUCGUACAUCAGGAUCGGCAAGGAGUGGCAAGGAAUUUACUCUGCCAAAAAGAAAAAUGGAGAUAAUAUACAACAAAAUGUGAAGAUAAUACCUGUCGUUGGACAGGGAGGAAAAAUUAGACACUAUGUGUCCAUUAUCAGAAUGUGCAAUGGCAGUAAGGCUGAGAAAAUACACGAAGGUGUUCCGUCGGAUACUUCCACAGCUGUCUCCACAGAUAAUCAGUCAGGCAAACACAGAGACAGGAGGAAAGGCUCGCUGGACGUCAGAACUGCCAGCUCUCGGUCAACGGAAGUCAGCUGCCAGAGACGACACUCCUCCAUGGCCCGGAUACAUUCCAUGACGAUCGAGGCGCCCAUCACCAAGGUCAUCAACAUCAUCAACGCUGCCCAGGAGAGCAGCCCCAUGCCCGUGACACAGGCCUUAGACCGGGUGCUGGAAAUCCUCAGAACCACCGAGCUAUACUCGCCACAGUUCGGGGCCAAGGACGACGACCCCCAUGCCAAUGACCUCGUCGGGGGCUUGGUGUCUGAUGGCUUGCGAAGACUGUCUGGGAAUGAGUAUGUCCUUUCAACAAAAACCCUUCACCAGGUUUCAGGCAAUAUAGUCACUCCCAUCUCUCUCCACGAUGUGCCUUCGCGGAUCGCUCGGGCCAUGGACAACGAGGGACACUGGGACUUCAAUAUUUUUGAACUGGAGGCUGCCACUCACAAUAGGCCUUUGAUAUAUCUUGGCCUCAAAAUGUUUGCUCGCUUUGGGAUCUGCGAAUUUUUAAACUGCUCCGAGUCAACGCUAAGAUCGUGGCUACAAAUCAUCGAAGCCAAUUACCAUUCUUCUAACCCCUACCACAACUCCACACAUUCCGCCGACGUGCUGCACGCCACCGCCUACUUCCUCUGCAAGGAGAGGGUGAAGGAAACUUUAGACCCAGUGGACGAGGUUGCAGCCCUCAUUGCAGCCACCAUUCACGAUGUGGACCACCCCGGGAGAACCAACUCCUUCCUGUGCAACUCCGGCAGCGAGCUGGCCAUCCUGUACAACGACACGGCCGUGCUGGAGAGCCACCACGCCGCCCUGGCUUUCCAGCUGACCAUGGGGGAGGACAAGUGCAACAUCUUCAAAAACAUGGAGAGGAAUGACUAUCGGACGCUGCGCCAGGGGAUUAUUGACAUGGUCCUUGCCACAGAAAUGACAAAGCACUUCGAGCAUGUCAACAAAUUUGUCAACAGCAUCAACAAGCCUUUAGCAGCACUGGAAAACGAGGAAACUGGUAAAGACCAGUAAGCCAUAAAUACUAUGCUCAGGUCUCCAGAGAACCGGACACUAAUCAAACGGAUGCUGAUUAAGUGUGCCGAUGUGUCCAAUCCUUGCCGUCCUCUCGAAUACUGCAUUGAGUGGGCUGCACGUAUUUCAGAAGAAUAUUUUUCACAGACAGAUGAGGAAAAGCAGCAGGACUUACCUGUGGUGAUGCCAGUUUUUGACAGAAACACCUGCAGCAUCCCCAAGGCCCAGAUCUCUUUCAUUGACUACUUCAUCACAGACAUGUUCGAUGCCUGGGACGCCUUUGUAGACCUACCUGAUUUAAUGCAGCAUCUUGACAAUAACUUCAAAUACUGGAAAGGACUGGAUGAAAUGAAGCUGCGGAGCCUCCGACCACCUCCUGCAGAGUGUGGGACACCGCCCAGACCCUGAUGCUUUGUCCCUCGGCCAUUUGGAAUUCCUGAGGGCAGAAUUCCUCCGUCCUUUCAGCAUUAGGCAGGUCUGCCCUCUGGGCUGCAGAGCCCGUGAAAGCACAAGGGGACACCAUGACCCUCUGCAACCACCGUCCGAUGCCAUUGCCACAAAGUGAGACUUGGCCCUGCUGCAGGGGCUUUCAGAAAGGCACAGAACCACGGUUUGCGUCAGUUGUGUGGGAAAACACCAGGUCUGCAGUCCCCGCCAAGGGUGUUGAAGGCCCUCCUGUCAGUGACAGAGAAAGACUGUCUCACUGCAAACCGUUUCUCUCCAUUAUGGCCAGCACCGAAGAACAGCUCAUGGCAAUCGGACCUUCGGCAAACGUUUUCACAUCCUAGAAGGUGCAAUCACUCACUCGAACACUACUGAAAGUAACUUCUUUUAAAAUUGAGUAUCAAAUGAAACGUAAAUUUCGAGGUUGAUUAUCAAUUAUUGAAAUGUUUUAUUUAUUUUAUUACAAGUUCAAUAUUUUCUAUGAAUUUAAAACUACUUUAAAGCCAAAGCCAACUUUAGAUGCCAUGACUAAAUUUACAUGAUUCAUAUUCAUUAAAUCUGCAUUACUUGGUGUAUAGAGUUAUUUUCAUAAUGCAAAUUUAUAAAAUGACACUUAUAUAGAAAUAGCCACGUAUGUUAAACUUGUUUCUGACUGAAGCUGAUUGGAAAAGCUGUUGCUGAGCCUUCUCCUAGAGGAUUACAGGGGAAGGCCUUCUUACUGUCUGGAGCCAGGCUGUGAACCAGCUCCCUGUCAAGGAGCUUUGCUGGUGACUCCCAAGGUAUAAAACUCUUGAUUUGCAAAGAAUACUUAAGACUUCAAACUUUUUCCUAAAAUUUUCUAAUUGAAUUUCCAGAAACCUGCCUUAUUUUAUACUGUUUCUAUGAAAUAUUCCAUAUAAAAACUAAGAACCAAAGUGGAAUAUUUAACGAAUUGACAUUUUAUAAACAACCUGUUUUCAUCUGCAGUGGGAAUCUUUAUUCCAGAAAUUUAAAAAUGUUCCAUAUUUUUACAUUUUGAAUAAAAAUAUCAUUUAAAAAA